CUAACAGAAGGAACAGUAUGUGCAAAAGUCCUGAGGUGGGAAAGGGCUUUGCAUGUUUAAGGAAAACUAAGGAAGUCAAAGAGGCAGGCAGGGGCCUUGUGGGUAAUGACAAGGAACCUGGGUUUUAUCCCAAGAGCAGUGGGGAGUCAUUGAAGGGCUUAAGCAGGGAGACAUGAGGGGUACAUGGAUACGUGAUUGGAUGGGAAGAUAUGGACUCCAUAAAGAAAAAUCCCAUUCUAUGAAACUAGUAAAUUAGCCAUGUUUUUUGGCUUAAAAAAAUCUCUUGCCUGCCAUCCCAUUCCUUUCUCCAACAACAUUGGAGUUGGAGGUGGGGGAAGAAGUUAAGUCUAAGUGUUGAGUGUACUUAAUCAGCCGCACCUUCUGAAAUGGCCUCAUGAGCCAAUGGGAAGCGAGUCCAGGAACUAAAUCUCUCGUCCUGUUAUCCUGGAAGGGGCAGCCCCUCUGUAACUGUCCGUCUGGAGGGCAGCCCAGGCUCAUGGGGCUGAAAAGGACGAAGGCUCAGAAGUCAGAUGGACUCAGGAGUGAAUUCUCACCCUGUCACUGAUUAGCUCUGUGGCCUUGGUCAAGUCCUCGUCCCUCCCUCUGUCUGCCUCAGUUUUCCUAUCUGUAAAGUGUGAUGCAAUGAAGAAGGAGCUUGGAAAGUGUCUUGUAGACCACAGAGCAUUCUGAAAGUGUACUGUGCUGCGCAUAUGUUAGCGUGGCUUGCAUUUGGAUGGAGAGGGAUUUCCUGGGAAUGAAGCUUGACGUGGGCUGCACCAGGUGGGACGGAGGGCCCCAGGUUGAUGAUGGGGAAGGGACAGGGAAAGGCUUGGGCACAGGAGCUCCUGCUUCUGCUCCCUUAUAGGUGUGUGGCCAAGGAUGUUGGGUGUGUGGUCCCUGCUUCUCCUCUGGGGUCUAGCGACUCCGUGCCAGGGGCUGCUGGAGACAAUGGGCACACUCGCUCGGAUCGACAAGGAUGAGCUCGGCAAAGCCAUCCAGAACUCCCUGGUUGGGGGGCCUAUUCUGCAGAAUGUGCUGGGGACGGUCACAUCCGUGAACCAGGGCCUCCUGGGCUCAGGAGGGCUGCUCGGAGGAGGCGGCUUGCUGAGCUAUGGAGGGGUUUUUGGCACCGUCAAAGAGCUCUCCGGGCUGAAGAUUGAGGAGAUCACACUGCCCAAGGUGUCUCUGAAACUGCUGCCGGGGUUUGGGGUGCAGGUGAGCCUGCACACCAAGGUGGGCCUGCAUGGCUCUGGCCCCCUGGGGGGCCUUCUGCAGCUUGUCGCCGAGGUGAACGUGUCGUCGCGGGUGGCGCUGGGCGUGAGUGCGCGAGGCACGCCCCUCCUCAUCCUCAAGCGCUGCAGCACGCUCCUGGGCCACAUCAGCCUGCUCUCGGGGCUGCUGCCCGCACCACUUUUUGCGGUCGUGGAACAGACGCUCUUCAAGGUGCUGCCGGGACUGCUCUGCCCUGUGGUGGACAGCAUGCUGGGUGUGGUGAAUGAGCUCCUGGGCUCUGUGCUGAGCCUGGUGCCCCUUGGGGCCCUUGGGUCCGUGGAAUUUUCUCUGGCUACCCUGCCUCUCAUCUCCAACCAGUACAUAGAGCUGGAUAUCAAUCCCAUCGUAAAGAGCGUGGCCGGUGACAUCAUUGACUUUCCCAAGCCCCCUAAGCCCAUCAAGGUCCCUCCCAAGGAGGACCACACAUCCCAAGUGACGGUGCCACUGUACCUCUUCAACACCGUGUUUGGACUCCUACAGACCAACGGUGCUCUCGACAUAGACAUCACCCCUGAGCUGGUUCCCAGCAAUGUCCCACUGACAACCACGGACCUGGCAGCUUUGGUCCCUGAGGCGCUGGGGAAGUUGCCCCCAGGCCAGCAGCUCCUGCUCUCGCUGCGGGUGAAGGAAGCCCCCACCUUCACACUCCAGAACAAGAAGGCCACGGUCUCCAUCCCAGCUGCCAUCCACGUGCUGUUCUAUGUCCCUAAAAAGACUCCUGAAGCCCUCUUUGAGCUGAAUGGGAUUAUGACUCUAAAUGCCCAGCUGGCUCCCUCGGCCACCAAGCUGCACAUCUCCCUGUCCCUGGAACGGCUCAGGGUCAAGCUGGCCUCCUCCUUUUCCCAGGCCUUCGAUGCGUCCCGUUUAGAGGAAUGGCUCAGCAAUGUGAUCCGGGCGGCCUACGUGCCGAAGCUCAACGUGGAUGUGAAUGUUGGAAUCCCCCUGCCUAAGGUUCUCAAUGUCAGUUUUGCCAAUGCGGCCCUGGAGAUCAUAGAGAAUGCCGUUGUGCUGACCGUGGCAUCGUGA